CGGGCGGCGGGGGCGCGGCGCGCGGCGGAGCUCUAGCGGCGGCAGAGCGGGACUGGACCCGGGGCACUCAGCAUGGCUCGCCUGGUGCUCGGUCUGGUGAGCUGUACCUUCUUUCUAGCAGUGAAUGGUCUAUAUUCCUCCAGCGAUGAUGUAAUUGAAUUAACGCCAUCAAAUUUCAACCGAGAAGUUAUUCAAAGUGAUAGUUUAUGGCUUAUAGAAUUCUAUGCUCCAUGGUGUGGCCACUGCCAAAGAUUAACACCAGAAUGGAAGAAGGUAGCAACUGCAUUAAAAGAUGUUGUAAAAGUCGGUGCAGUUGAUGCAGAUAAGCACCAGUCCCUAGCAGGGCAGUAUGGCGUGCAGGGAUUUCCUACCAUCAGGAUUUUUGGAUCCAACAAAAACAGACCUGAAGAUUAUCAGGGUGGCAGAACAGCUGAAGCCAUUGUAGAUGCCGCUCUCAGUGCUGUAAGACAGCUUGUAAAGGAUCGCCUCGGGGGAAGGAGUGGUGGAUAUAGUUCUGGAAAACAAGGCAGAAGUGAAAGUUCAAGUAAGAAAGACGUGAUUGAACUGACGGACGACACCUUUGAUAAAAAUGUCCUUGAGAGUGAAGAUGUUUGGAUGGUUGAGUUUUAUGCUCCUUGGUGUGGACACUGCAAAAACCUAGAGCCAGAAUGGGCUGCUGCAGCUACUGAAGUAAAAGAUCAAACAAAAGGAAAAGUGAAACUAGCAGCUGUAGAUGCUACAGUUAAUCAGGUCCUAGCCAGCCGAUACGGGAUUAGGGGAUUUCCUACAAUCAAGAUUUUUCAGAAAGGCGAGUCUCCUGUGGAUUAUGAUGGCGGUCGGACAAAGUCUGACAUAGUUUCACGGGCCUUAGAUUUGUUCUCUGAUAAUGCCCCACCUCCUGAGCUGCUUGAGAUAAUUAAUGAGGACAUUGCCAAGAAAACGUGUGAAGAUCAUCAGCUCUGUGUCGUGGCUGUGCUGCCCCACAUUCUCGAUACUGGAGCUGCAGGCAGAAAUUCUUAUUUGGAAGUCCUUCUGAAGUUGGCAGACAAAUACAAAAAGAAAAUGUGGGGGUGGCUGUGGGCAGAAGCUGGAGCCCAGUAUGAACUUGAGAACGCGUUGGGGAUUGGAGGGUUCGGAUACCCAGCCAUGGCAGCCAUCAACGCACGCAAGAUGAAAUUUGCUCUUCUGAAAGGGUCUUUCAGUGAGCAAGGCAUUAAUGAGUUUCUCAGGGAACUCUCUUUUGGGCGUGGAUCUACAGCACCUGUAGGAGGUGGGGCCUUCCCUAAAAUAAGUACAGUAGAACCUUGGGAUGGCAAGGACGGUGAGCUUCCUGUGGAAGAUGAUAUUGAUCUCAGUGACGUGGAGCUGGAUGACUUAGGGAAAGAUGAGUUGUGAGAUGCGCGCCAUAAAAAUUCAGUUUUCUUGGGAGCGGAUUUUUCCAGCAGUGGAGGAACAUUCUUAAACAAUCAGAUGGAUCUACCAGUGGCCUUUUAACCCAAGAAGUAACGCUUGAUUGGGCAUUUGAAAACACUGCAACAGUGAACUUUUGCAUCUCAAGAAAACAUUGAAAAAAUUCUAUGAAUUGUUGUAGCCAGUGAAUUGGGUUGCUUUCUGUCAAAUAAUAUUUUGAAAAAAAACUGAUGGUUUGUUGAAACAUUUUUUCCAUCCCUCUGACUGCCGCCGGAAUGUUCUUUGAGGCUGUUUUCUUAUAUGUGUUUUUUAAUGUGAUCCCUUCAUUUGAAAAUUAAUGGCUUUUUUCCAUUAAAGAAUAAAACAGAAAUAUUCUGGACAAUGCUGAUAAAUGUAUGAAAUUAGUGUCCAUAUCAUAAAUUCAGGGUCUAAUGUUUAGUCAGUAAAUUAGUAUUACAAAGCGAUGUCCCAGAUGUCUUUCCUCCUUAUAAGCUUUUUCAAAAGGAAAAAAAAGAUUGUUUUCAUUGAAGUGAUACCAUCUGAAUACCUGCCACAGUACAGAUUUUGUGUGUUCUAAAAUUCCAAAUUCCAUUUGUAAACGUAAACCAGUUUAAAAGUGUGGAAGACAGUGAAUUGUCACUUGAGAACUGCAUUUCCUGCCCAGCAUUUUGUCUUUGGGGGUAUCACUAGUGACUGUUUGGGCAUAUGAGCUCAAGGUGUUUUGUAUUCUUACCAAACUCUCAAAAUGUUGAGACAGGAGAUACAGCAGGAGGUUACCAGUUUAUAGGUAGUCCACACUGAUGUAAAACAGAAAGAUGAAAAGCUAAACGAUAAAGACUGAAUUAUGUUAGAAUUUAAGUGAAGAGGCAACUCAGGACUGAGAGCAAUUUCUUUAUUGUAACUUAAAAAAGAAUAAAUACAACCGUACCUAA